CAAGAAGAAGAAGAAUAGCAAAGAAGAAGAAUAGGGCCGUGGACCUUUUCAUUCCUCGUUUCUGUACUCUCCGUGUUUUUAGCUCCAGUGUAUCAGAAGAAUCGGUGUUGUGUUGAACUCUUUCCGUGGUUCUGCAGCGCCUCCGCCAUGAAGAAAAGCAGCUCGGAGAAGAGGCGCCAUGUGGUGGCCUGGGUCAACAAGGCAGAGUGGGACCAGGUCCUGGACCACCUCUACUCCAAGGAUCCCGCCCUGCAGAGGUUCGCUCUGCAGAGGGUCUCAGCGUGGAGGGGCCGGUAUGCCCACAACACGCCCGUGGCUGUGGACUGCACGGCCGACCUGGUGCGUGGCCAGGUCCUGGACCGGUCCGGACAGCUGAGCGGAGACGACCUGGUCCUGCUGUAUGGGGCGGCCCUGGUCCGGUUUGUGAAUCUGAUCACCGAGAGGCAGCAGGGGAGGAAAGCCCGGCCGCUGAGGCGGCUGGCCGGGAAGCUCAACAUCCCGGAGUGGCUGGUGGACCUGCGGCACGACUUCACCCAUAAGAAGCUGCCCACGCUGAAGUGGUGCCGGAAGGGAUGCAAGGUGGUUCUGGAGUGGCUGCAGCAGGAGUACUGGUCCAGGCAGCUGGGAGGGGGCGCAGGUGAGGACUGGGAGUCAGACUCUGAUGGAGAGGAGGAGGAGGAUGGUGAGCUGAGGCAGCAGGAGAGCAAUCUGCUGAGCAGGCAGAAGGAGAUGGAGGCCUACAAGACCACCCGGGAACUCCUGAUCUCCUAUGAGAGAGAGCGGUACCAGAGUCUGGACGGGGCUCAGGGGGACCGGGGCAUGGCUCCCCUUGCAGACAUGAGCUGGUUGCUGGGGGAGAUCAAGCAGUUGUCUUUGGACUCCAAUGAUCUGCUGGUCGAUGUGUUGUUGGAGGACGGGUUUCUGGUACCGACAGCCGAGCAGCUGGAAACGUUAGGCUGUGAUCCGUUUGAGACCUCCGGCUCCCCUGAACCAAGAGUCCCUCAGCCCAUCCAACGGUUCUGGCUGCCCCUGCUGAAGAUGCUCAACUCGCCCUCGUUCAUCCAGCUGGUCAUGGAGAAGCUGUUCGUGGAGCUGAAGGUGGCAGCCACCGAGCAGACGGACCUCAGGGUGUUCUACCUCUCCGCCUGGGCCUCGGAGAUCCUCCUGUGCAACAGCAACAAGUUCGUGUUCCGCUUCGAACGGAAGACGCAGAAGAAGGCUCGGAUGAAGGACAGGAUCUUCAUGAACCGCAUCCAGCUGCGGUGGCAGCAGCUGCUGUCGGCCUGCCUGGACGCUCCCUGCGGCUCCACGCCUCACCUGCUGCAGCUCAUCCUGGACGACAUGGAGCACCCGCUGCCUCAGGACACCCAGCAGAAGCUGCUCCAGCUCUGCUCCAUCUACACCCAGACCCCCGCCGUGGAGUUCAGCCUCCCCCGGGAGCAGAAGCAUCAGCCCAUAUACACCCUGGAGAGCUUGCACGAGAAGCGGCGGCAGCAGCUUAGGCGCAGCGGGGAGACGAGCGAGUCCGGUGACCUCCAGCAGAUGGAUGUUCAGGCGGAAAAAGCCAAAGUGCUCAGAGGUUCUCCGUGGCAGGUGUGUUCCGAUAAGGUCUUAUGGAAGAACUUUCCUCUCGGGAAGGUUCCUGGACAGUCGGACGACCCGUCGUCCCUCAUGGUGGAGACAUACUCAACGAUGACGGUCUGUGAGCAGCCGGUAGAGAUGGAGAGCAGCCGGGGACAGAACGCCCCGGGGGUCCCUGGACCCGCUAGGGCCACAGAAGGUCUCAUCUGGAACCAAAGCGAUGUCAACAGACUGAAAUGUGGACUCAAGCUGUUUUGAGUUGUGCUGUUCAGCAGAUAAAUUAGCUGGGGAAUCCACAAAUUCCAACUUGGUACGCAGAAUGAAAGUAUGUUGUCAGUUAUCAGUUCAGUUCAUGAAUAACUAACUGGAUGUGAGUAUAGAAAGCUGUUAAAGUGCCACCUUCUGUUUAUGGUUCACAUCAAAUAUUCACCUUUUAAUACGGUGGCAUAGUUUUAUUCACCAUGAAAAGCUGCUGGCUCUGUUCCACAAUUAUAAAAUAACAAUUUCUUGGUAUAAAUGCUGCAACUGUGCUGUCAAAAAUGACUAAUCAGUUAGGAAAAGACAAUGUUGCCAAAUAUACCGUAUUAAACACAACACAGCUGCAACCCUGAUGGGAAAACUCCUGAUGCUUUUAAUGUGUUUAAUGAUGCCAACAAACAUUGAACAUGUCCUUUAUCUAGUCUCUGGUUUGGAUUAUUGUAGAUCCUGGAACUGUUGGGUCACUGCGACGAUGAUCUGGACUUUGGUGGGGAACACAAGUUUUUAUUUUAACUUUUUUGUAUUAAGUUCUUUCACAUGAUGACUUGGGUAAAAACAAGUAGUGUGGUAUAGUUCACUUUCUUUUGUACACUGUGGAAUAAAUGCUGUUUUUAUACAGAGAAAAAAAUUGUGUCGCCAAUAAAAGAAGAAUGGUGGUUGAUCUGCUUCCUGGACAAACUUCUCAAUAUGGUGGUGGGACAAGACAAGAACAGAAAGGAGUUAAAUGAAUAUGUUAUGGAAAGAGAGGGCUGGGAUUAAAACUGAGAAGGUAGAUAAAAAAAUUAUUAACCCAAAGAAUUAUUAGUUUUAAAAUAGGAACAUGGUCCAGUUAGGUCAUCACAUGAAAAAUGGAACUCCUCAUAGCUGCAUUUUUAGUCUGUUAU